UGUGCGAUCUUCGUGGUGCAAGUGUGUAGAAAGUGGAGAUUUGUUUGUUGCGGUUUUUGUGAGCAUAAUACGCAUACAUCACAAUGAAGGCAUUCGUGCUGGGAUCUGCUGUACUGCUGCUGGCUUCGGCCACGGCUUCCGCCUCCUACCUCGGUGUGGCGCUGUCGUCGCAGUACCAGGCGCAUGACGGUAUCGGUGGGUACGCGUACGGUUACGCCGAACCGAACUCGCAGAAGCACGAAACGAAGGAUGCGCACGGUGUUACGCACGGUGGCUACUCGUACGUCGAUGCGAACGGGCAUGUGCAGAGCGUGAAGUACACGGCCGACCCGAUCCACGGCUUCCAGGUGUCCGGUACGAACCUGCCGCAGGGUCCGGCACCGCAUGCCGUCCCGGUGCCGGCCUGGAACGCGUACGCGUACGCCCCGGUCGUGCUCGGCCACAAUGGUGCCCCGAUCGAGACGCCGGAAGUGCAGGCCGCCAAGGCUGCACACUUUGCCGCCCAUGCCGCCGCUAAGGCCCGCCUGCACAAGCGCUCGCUGUACCCAUCGUGGACGUAUGCCGCCGCCGCCCCGGUAGUCCUCGGACACAACGGAGUCCCGCUCGAUACGCCCGAAGUUGCGCACGCCAAGGUGGAACACGCUGCCGCACAUGCGAAGGCCCUCGGAUAUGCGCACCCGCAGGCCGGUCCGGUCGCGGACACGCCGGAAGUCGCCCACGCUAAGGCUGCCCACGCUGCCGCCCACGUUGCUGCCCGCGCCAACCAUCAUGCCGUCGCCCCGGUGACCGUGGCCCACACGCACGCCGUCCAUGCCGCGCACGUCAGCCAUGCCGCACACUACCCGCAGCACAUCCCGGUGAUCAAGAACGGAGUGCCGGUCGAAACGCCGGAAGUCCAGCAUGCCAAGGCCGCACACUUUGCCGCGGUCGCGAAGGCCCAGGGAUAUGCGCCGGCCCAUGCCCACUCGUACUACCCGCAGCACAUCCCGGUCAUCCACAACGGUGUGCCGGUGGAGACGCCCGAGGUGCAGCACGCCAAGGCCGCACACUAUGUCGCCAUCGCGGAGGCUAGCGCACGCGCCGGUUCCGGUGCCUGGGCCCCGGCCGGCCACGAGGACGACGGUAGCUACGAUGGCCGAUGGGACAACCACUACUAGAGCUCGCGUCUUAUUUUUACGGCACGGUCGGAUGUGCUUCCGUCACGGUCGCAAAAAAAAAAGAAACGCCACAACUGUAUAUGCUAACCUAACAAUACUCGAACCAAAUACUCGAACUCUGUCAAACUCCCGCUGUCUUCUUUCCAAAAACCUGCGGCCACGGUCCGGAGUGAGGAAUGCGCCCGCAUCUUGCAGUAUUAUACUCCACAAGCCGUUACCCAGUCCCAUCUACUGUUUGUCUAUCGUCCCCACUCGCGUGGUUUAGCUUCUGCGAAUAUCCCGCAGGUGUUCCGGAGGGAGGGUGAGAUCUACUGUCAUCCCAUCCCGCCCAAAUGCAAGGCACAUGCAGGAGGUUGCUCCCGUUGAGGAAAAACGAAGUAAAACGAGCUAGUAAAUUUUGAGUGCGACAUCAACCGCCAUCACCCUUACAAGGAUUGUCUCACCUUCCACGAUGCCGGAAGGAUGGAGUUUUCCGUAUGGCGGAAUAGCCAUACCCCCGGAAGAAGGUAUAUAGCGGGAGCCACCAUCACACCAUGGGAAACCCGGGUUGGACGUCAACAUCUCGGAAACGGCCACUCGGUGGGGGUCCUGCACCAACAGCUGCACCCUAAAUGCAGCGAGCCCGUUCCGGCUCCUUUCAGAACAGCCAACCAAUCGUAAAGGGAACACCGUACAUCGUCCAAGCCCGGAACGUCGAGCGAAGCGGCAGGAACCGCCACCAGUGACGCACCGCACAACAUACACCGGUGCAACAUUCCCGUCCAUUACCCUGCCCGAAGAUGUGUUACGAUGUGCCAGGUUGUGGAUGCACCUUCCGCAUCUGCAACAGGAAGCAACAAACAACCCUCCUCCUCAGUCAGUCAGAAGUCAAAAACCGACCACCUGCCAUGACCAUGACCACCAUCAGCGAAUGAAGACCUCGGGAUAGCAACGUAUCAACUGCAAACAUACAUCGAAAAUGUAUAAAAAAUUAAACAAAAAAAAAACACACGAACAAGAGAUGUUCCA